AUGAAGGUUAAUGUUAGAUAUACCAACACAUUCUCUAGGGGUCAGGUUUGUUGGUUUGCCUGCCCUCCUCACAGCGCCCUCCUCACAGCGCCCUCCUCACAGCGCACUCCUCACAGCGCCCUCCUCACAGCGCCCUCCUCACAGCCCCCUCCUCACAGCCCCCUCCUCACAGCCCCCUCCUCACAGCGCCCUCCUCACAGCGCCCUCCUCACAGCGCCCUCCUCACAGCGCCCUCCUCACAGCGCCCUCCUCACAGCGCCCUCCUCACAGCCCCCUCCCCACAGCCCCCUCCUCACAGCGCCCUCCUCACAGCGCCCUCCUCACAGCCCCCUCCUCACAGCGCCCUCCUCACAGCGCCCUCCUCACAGCCCCCUCCUCACAGCCCCCUCCUCACAGCGCCCUCCUCACAGCGCCCUCCUCACACAGCCCCCUCCUCACAGCCCCCUCCUCACAGCCCCCUCCUCACAGCGCCCUCCUCACAGCGCCCUCCUAACAGCCCCCUCCUCACAGCCCCCUCCUCACAGCGCCCUCCUCACAGCCCCCUCCUCACAGCCCCCUCCUCACAGCGCCCUCCUCACAGCGCCCUCCUCACAGCGCCCUCCUCACAGCGCCCUCCUCACAGCGCCCUCCUCACAGCCCCCUCCUCACAGCCCCCUCCUCACAGCCCCCUCCUCACUCGCCCUCCUCACAGCGCCCUCCUCACAGCCCCCUCCUCACAGCCCCCUCCUCACAGCCCCCUCCUCACAGCGCCCUCCUCACAGCGCCCUCCUAACAGCCCCCUCCUCACAGCCCCCUCCUCACAGCGCCCUCCUCACAGCCCCCUCCUCACAGCCCCCUCCUCACAGCGCCCUCCUCACAGCGCCCUCCUCACAGCGCCCUCCUCACAGCCCCCUCCUCACAGCGCCCUCCUCACAGCCCCCUCCUCACAGCGCCCUCCUCACAGCGCCCUCCUCACAGCGCCCUCCUCACAGCCCCCUCCUCACAGCCCCCUCCUCACAGCCCCCUCCUCACAGCGCCCUCCUCACAGCGCCCUCCUCACAGCCCCCUCCUCACAACCCCCUCCUCACAGCCCCCUCCUCACAGCGCCCUCCUCACAGCGCCCUCCUCACAGCCCCCUCCUCACAGCCCCCUCCUCACAGCCCCCUCCUCACAGCCCCCUCCUCACAGCCCCCUCCUCACAGCCCCCUCCUCACAGCGCCCUCCUCACAGCGCCCUCCUCACAGCGCCCUCCUCACAGCGCCCUCCUCACAGCCCCCUCCUCACAGCCCCCUCCUCACAGCGCCCUCCUCACAGCCCCCUCCUCACAGCCCCCUCCUCACAGCCCCCUCCUCACAGCCCCCUCCUCACAGCGCCCUCCUCACAGCGCCCUCCUCACAGCGCCCUCCUCACAGCGCCCUCCUCACAGCGCCCUCCUCACAGCCCCCUCCUCACAGCCCCCUCCUCACAGCGCCCUCCUCACAGCGCCCUCCUCACAGCGCCUUCCUCACAGCCCCCUCCUCACAGCCACCUCCUCCCCCACACAAGACCUGGCUACGCAUUUACACCAAUCGAUACGUUUAA